UAAUAUAGUGCGGACGUAUGUAACAAACGAAAGGGGUUCUGAAGUCCCUCUGUAUGUCAUAUGCUUAUCCAUGCAAAUUUGCAUUCAAGUUACAAGUUGCAAUUUUCGAAAUAUUGUGCGAAAUUUGGUACUCCGAGUUGGAAACUGGUUUGCAAUAGGUGUGAUGUUAUUAUCAAUUGCUUCAAAGGAGCAACCAAAGUGACGGUAGAGGCAGAGGACAAAUACAAUGAAUGGGGAGCUCAAUUAGUGUCAGUUGUCUAUAAAUCAGAUAAAACCAAGUUUAAGGAUAGUUCAGAAGAGAAAACGGGUUGUAUUUUUUGUUCAAGUGAUUUUUCGCAUUUAGUGGAAAAGCAUCGUGCCGUUCCAUCGAGGCCAGUAAAUAUAUGUGAUAAUAGUGGUGGAAUCGGCAUUGGACGCGGAGGUCGUGGUGGCGGUCGCGGUAACAAAGGACGUAGCAGUGGAAGAGGAAGUCGCGGCGGAACACGGCCACCCAAAGAUAAAAUGGCUGAAUUGGCAGCUUAUUUUGUUUAAAGUAUUUGGAAGAAGCAUCUACGAAAGUAUGCAAAUGCAAGUAUCUUAUCACCUUUCCAUAUCGAAUGGAAUAGACGGACCCUUUGGAAUACUUAACAAAAUAAAAAUUGUAUUAAAAAAAAAAGUCGUUUAAUUUAAGAUCAAAACAAACAAAUACUAAAGGGAUAACAUGCCUUGCAAGCAAUACCUGGCCUUAUUUUGGGAACUUGGCAAUUUUUUUAACAAGUAAGAGAAGUUUUGUAAAAUUGAUAUUUCAUUGCAAAGUGCAUCGGACGGUUGAUAAGACUGUCCCGGAAGGUUAAGCAAAUAAAGUGCGACUUGAUGACGACGGGAAUUUAUAGAAAGAAGUAUCCAAGUACCCAAGAGGGUUUAAGUUUCCCAAUUUGAUAAAUAUGAAAAUCCUCCGUAAUGAAGAGCGUUUUAACCUUGAUGA